AUGAGACCCUAUCUAUACCCUUUUAUUCAGAAAACAGAAAUAAAGAGGCUAGUGGGGGAGAUACAACGAUACAAAUCAAACCAACAGUUAAAGAAGAACCUAUCUCAGGCCAUGGCUAGGAUGAAACUUUACGCAGAUAAAAAUAGAAUAGAGAGGUCUUCUGAGAAAGACGGUUGUGUUUUCCUGAAACUUCAUCCAUAUACACAGAAAUCUGUGGAAUGUCGAGCUAACUACAGGAUAAGUGAGAGAUAUAUUGACCCAUAUCCAAUUGUGAAGAAAGUUGGAGCAGUAGCAUAUCAGUUGGCUUUACAAGAAGGGAAGAAAAUUCAUCCAAAAUUUUGUGCUUCUUUAUUGAAGAAAAAACUAGGGAAUGACAACAUGCCUAUGCUACAAUUACCUAGUGAUAGCCAACCCGCACAGCACGAACGCUACCUCUUAAACAUCUUGCAAUCUAGAUUGGUGAAUCGCAGAACUCACAUUGGAUCGCACUCUGUAAUUGGUUUAUUUUUACGGCAUGUGCUAGAUGCACGCCGUAAAUGA